AUGGGGAAUACAGGCAGUUCCAACAAGAUCUCUGCCCAGGAUAAGGCUAUCCUUGAUAUGAAGAACCAACGGGACAAGCUUCACCAGUACCAAAGACGCAUUACCGUAGUUACAGACCGCGAGAAAGAGGUUGCGCGGCAGUGUUUGAAGAAGGGCGACAAAAAGAGAGCGUUGCUAGCCCUGCGCCGCAAGAAAUACCAGGAAUCGCUCCUCGCGAAGACGGACGCGCAGCUGGCGCAGCUCGAGAUAUUGACCAACGAUGUCGAGUUCGCACUGGUACAGAAGGAUGUUGUAUUCGGGUUACAACAGGGAACCAAGGUGCUGAAUGAAAUACACAAGGAAAUGGGUGGCAUAGAGGGGGUCGAGAAGCUGCUGGCCGAGUCGGAGGAAGCUAGAGCAUCUGAAAGGGAAAUCAGUGCAAUGCUGAGCGGGCAAAUUACCAACCACGACGAGGACGAAGUAGAGGAUGAGCUCGAAGCUCUUGAACGGGAGGUCUCAGGUAUUAAACUACCGGACGCGCCUUCGAACAAGCUACCGGAGAACGAGCGGGUGCAGGAAGAGACUCCACGCGAAAGAGCUCGAAGGAGAGCUAGAGAGCAAGCAGAGAACGAGACACCGGAGCCUUUGCUUGCAUGA